AGUCAGUUAAAAAGUUGCAGGAAAAAAUAUCGACAACACGGAAGUGUCAAGAUGGCUCCAAGUGGACUGAAGGCGGUAGUCGGAGAGAAAAUCCUGAAUGGAGUUAUCAAAAGUGUGAAGAAGGAUGGAGAAUGGAAGGUGCUCAUUGUGGACCACAUCAGCAUGCGAAUCCUGUCCUCCUGCUGCAAGAUGUCAGAUAUCAUGGCAGAGGGGGUGACUAUUGUGGAGGACAUCAACAAGUGCAGGGAACCCAUCUCCAGCCUGGAGGCCAUUUAUCUGAUCUCUCCUUCAAAGAAGUCGGUUCAUGCUCUUAUCAAUGACUUCAAAGAGAAUGCUUUCACCUACAAAGCGGCACACAUCUUCUUUACAGACAAUUGCCCAGAUGCUCUGUUUGCUGACAUUGGGAGGUCCAGAGUUGCCAGAGUCAUCAAGACUCUGAAGGAGAUCAACGUGGCUUUCCUGCCGUACGAAUCCCAGGUAUUUUCCCUUGACGAUCCCAGCUCCCUGCACUUGUUCUACAGUCCAGUUGGAGAUGGGAAUAAAGACAGAAUGAUGGAGACUCUGGCAGAGCAGAUCGCCACUCUCUGUGACACCCUGAAGGAGUACCCUGCCAUCCGCUACCGCAGCGGUCCUGACGAGAAUGCUAGACUGGCUGAGGAGGUGUAUCAGCGUCUGAAUGCCCAUAAAGCAGACAACCCCAGCAUGGGAGAGGGUCCUGACAAGGCCAGGUCACAGCUAUUAAUUGUGGAUCGUGGCUUUGACCCCAUCUCUCCCAUUCUGCACGAGCUGACAUUCCAGGCCAUGGUCUAUGACCUUCUUGACAUCAACCAGGACAUCUACAAAUAUCAGACGACUGGGAUCGGGGACUCUAAGGAGAAGGAGGUUCUUCUGGACGAAGACGAUGAGCUGUGGAUCCAGCUGAGACACAUGCACAUAGCUGACGUCACCAAGAAAGUGACGGAGCUGCUGCGUGUGUUCUGUGAGAGCAAGAGGAUGUCCACUGAUAAGGCCAAUAUCAAAGACCUGUCUCAGAUGUUGAAGAAGAUGCCACAGUACCAGAAGGAACUCAGCUUGUACUCCACUCACCUGCACCUGGCUGAGGCCUGCAUGAAGAAAUUCAAAGCCUCGGUGGACAAGCUGUGUGAGGUGGAACAGGUUUCCCAGGACCUGGCCAUGGGGACUGAUGUAGAUGGGGAACCCCUGAAGGAUGCCAUGAAGAGCAUCGUCCCUGUACUCCUCAACACCGACAUCGACCCCUACAACAAGAUCCGCAUCAUACUACUCUAUGUCUUCCACAAGAAGAAGGGCAUUGGAGAGGAGAAUCUGACCAAGUUAAUCCAGCACGCCAACGUGCAGGCAAACCGCAACAUCAUCACCAACCUACAGCACCUGGGCUGCCCCAUCAUCGCAGGGGCUCCCAAUGCUGGGAAAACACUGCCUGAGAAGAAAGAGAGCAAGGAGAGCACAUACCAGCUCUCCCGAUGGACACCCACCAUCAAAGAUGUGAUGGAGAAUGCCAUAACAGACAAGCUGGACAGGAAGCAGUGGCCGUUCAUCUCUGACCCUGCCCCCAUUAACACCAUGCAGACGACAGUCAGCAGUGCUCGGUUUGGACAAUGGCACAAGAACAAGUCUCCAACGGAGUAUCGUUCCGGCCCUCGGCUCAUCAUCUUCAUGAUCGGAGGUGUGUCCCACUCCGAGAUGCGCUCCGCCUACGAGGUCACUCGAGCCACCGAUGGAAAAUGGGAGGUCCUGAUUGGUUCGUCUCACAUUGUCACACCCACCAGCUUCCUAAAUGAUCUGAAGAAGCUGGACCUGGAUCCAACUCCUGAAAGCUAGAUAUGUCCUCGGCCUGGAAGGGAGCUGUUCUGAGUCUGCAGAGAGAAUGGAUCUGAACACAAACCUGGAUUCAAAUUGUGCUUGUUUUCUUUCAAAUAUGUUGAGUGUUUCGAUUAAGCCUGCUGGGAGUGCCAGAUCAGUGGGAUUUGCAGUUUGCACUUUUCGGACUGUUCCAGUGGUUCUUUUGGGUUAGACAAGUUCAAUUAAGCACAGUUAAAGUAUUUGAAAGAGAACAAAUACUAUUUGAACCCUGGUCUGCUCAUUAUGAGACGCUUGUGUACUCGUCUAACUGUAAAACAAAGUGCCGGUUUAAGAUGUAGUCAUUAAAGGGAGAGUAUCUUUUGAUUCUCAAUCUUUUAUUGAAUUUCUUUAAUUACGAUUGAAGUAAAAUAAAUUAUGUACAUACGUAUUAAUGUAAUGCUGUGAUGGACAUUUUUUGCUCUGAAUAUUAAAUUAAAACAGUCCUUAUAUUAUGAGGAUCAUUUUAAUCUGUCUCUGUCUUCAACUGUAAUUGAGUUACAAAUAUGGGUUGCAUCUCAAGUCUAAAGUGGCUUCUUCUCCUUUUGUCCUGUUAGUGCAGAUGAACUAAAGGACAUAAGGAGCAGUGGCCUCUAGACUAUUGAGAUGCAACUUUUGUGUUGGGACCAUUAAAUAUUUGUGCCUCUCCCAAGUUACAUUUGUUUUCGUAUGUCUAAAUGUCUUUACUACUGUAGUGUAGUAACAUGCACUUUCAUGUUUGGGCCUUUGUCUUUUAGUCAAUUAUGAAUAAACAAUAUGCAUACAUUUUA